AUGUGGAAGGAAAAUAUCACUGCUAUUAGUGAGUUCAUCCUAGUGGGCUUCCCUACUGCCCCUUGGCUGCAGGUUCUGCUUUUCUUCCUCUUCCUCAUCACCUAUAUAUUUGUGCUCUUGGAGAAUUCUGUUAUCAUCCUUACUGUAUGGGUAACCGGGUCCCUGCACAAGCCAAUGUACUAUUUUCUGGGUACCAUGUCCUUUCUGGAAGCCUGGUAUAUAUCUGUCACUGUCCCCAAGAUGCUUGCUGGAUUCCUAGUUCACCCCAAUACAAUCUCCUUCCUUGGGUGCAUGACCCAGCUGUAUUUCUUCAUGUCACUUGCCUGUACUGAAUGUGUGCUUUUGGCUGCCAUGGCCUAUGACCGGUAUGUGGCCAUAUGUUGGCCUCUUCGCUAUCCAGUCAUGAUGACCACAGGGUUUUGUGUUCAGCUAAACAUCAGUUCCUGGGUGAGUGGCUUCACCAUCUCCAUGGCAAAAGUGUACUUCAUCUCCCGAGUUGCCUUCUGUGGCAAUAAUAUCUUGAACCAUUUUUUCUGCGAUGUUUCACCUAUCCUCAAACUGGCAUGCAUGGACUUAUUUGUGGCUGAGAUGGUAGACUUUGUGCUAGCCAUUGUGAUCCUAGUGUUUCCUCUCUCAGCCACUGUCCUUUCCUAUGCCUUCAUUGUCUCUACUAUCCUGCACAUACCCUCAACCACGGGGCAGCAGAAGGCAUUCUCCACCUGUGCAUCCCACCUUACAGUGGUGGUCAUCUUCUAUACAGCCGUCAUUUUCAUGUAUGUCCGACCUCGGGCCAUUGCUUCCUUUAACUCUAACAAAUUGAUCUCAGCCAUAUAUGCAGUCUUUACUCCCAUGCUUAACCCUAUCAUCUACUGCCUAAGGAACAAGGAGGUCAAGGAUGCCAUCAGGAAAACCAUAGCAAGGGGCCAAGCCCUUUUCUUGAGAGAUUCUCUUUGCUGA